AUGGCUACUUGUAGACGUUGGGAGCUGCCUCUCCCCGACACGCUCCGUGGCUUGCACCGUCUCGACGUCUACUGCAAGGUGCGUGUCCUCUGGGAGGACACCGACAUACCCAAAAAUGCAGACCAGAUCUCCACGGUGUCGCCGCCCACGAUCUCCAGAGAUCUUGGCAAGCUUGUUAUGAUUCAGGGGGAGGGGGAGCCCCAGACGAAGUUGGAGUUGUCACGGAGGCAUUGCAUGUUGCCGGACGUGACCUUCAUCAUUGAGCAGACCGAGAUCCAUGCGCACAAGAUCGCGCUUUCCAUGCGGUCACCGGUCUUCGCCGCACAGUUUCGAUGGCACACGACAGAGAGCACCGCGCGGGUCCACGACAUAAGUGCCUCCACUUUCAGGGCCAUGCUGCACUUCAUCUACACCGAUCAGCUCGAAUUAAAGAGCGCUGAUGGUGGUCGUGUGGCUAUGGCGCUCGACCUACUUGUGGCGGCAGAUCGGUAUGAUAUCGGAAGCCUGAGGCUCAUGUGUGAGAACAUAUUGUCCGAGAGCAUGUGUGUCGUGUCAGUCAUGUCGACACUGAUGGAGGUCCAUGGCCGGCAUAGCUGUCGGGCGGUGGAGGCCUUGUGCAUCGAGUACAUGGCAUCAGAUCCCGCCGUGUACGCAGCCGUGAAGGCGACAGAGGACUACAAGGAGCUAAAGGAGAGUUGCUACUCUUCCGUACUCGAGGUCGUCGAGAAAGUAGCAGCCGUCAACAUGGCUCAUAACAUGUGCUCCAAUGCUCCUUCUUCCUCCAGCAGUCGGCCGCAGAUGAAUGCGGCCACGUAUUACUCACUGGAGGUUGUCGAGGGAACACACGAGUUUAAAAUUCCCGGUUUUCUCUUUGUGCAAAGGAGGCAUGGAGUUGGGAAAGAAAUCAGUUCAGAAGCUUUCCAGGUUGGUGGUUACAGUUGGAAGAUAAAGGUAUACCCGUCGUCAUCAUCAGAGAAGGCACAAGGGCACAUCUCCGUGUAUGCUGAGCUGUUGACUGAUCUUGGAACCGAAGGUGUCAAUGUGACAUUGGGCUUUAAGUUGGAUGGUCAUAGUGGCCAGUCACGCCAUUUGAUAAAAUGGUCAGAGAAAACCUUUACAACCAAGUCAGACCGGGGAUAUGCGAAGUUCGUCACCGUUGAAGCCGCCAAGUCAUGGCACCUAGCACGUGAUGCCUCCCUUACCGUAUGUUGCGAUGUUGCCAUCACCAAGAAGGUCUACACUAGCACUACUAGCACCAGCACCGUCGGCACCGGAGCCCCAAUGCCACUGUCCAAUAUUACCUCGCACCUGAAGCAGUUGCUGGUGAGCGAGCACAUGUCGGAUGUAAGGUUCCUGGUUGAGAACAUCGAGCUCCGCGUCGUGAUCGCCGCACGGUUACCAACCCUAUGUGAAAUGAUGAUGAUGGGCAUGAAGGAUGGCGACGGCAUACCGGUUGAUGGCGUGACAGUUGCGGUUUUCAAGGCUGUGCUCCAUUUCAUCUACACCGACGAGCUGCCUCCUAUUCAAGACCUAACCCAUGAUGGUGCUGCCCAAGAUGAGGUGAUGAUAGCCGAAGAUAUGUUGUCUAACAAGGCGUGUUGGUUCGGUCUAGGCAGGAUGAAGGCCAUGUGCGAGAAUCUGCUAGCCGGAUUAAUCGACUUGGAAGAAGAUGCACUAAGCACGCUAGAGCCUGUCAGCGAUCUCCAAUGCUCGAACCUCAGAGAUUACUGCAACCAGUUCAUCGCGUCGAUGAGUAAUUACAUCAUAGUCGACUCAUCGCAAAUAUAUUGA